CUAAUGGGUAUUUCGCCCUCUCCGACUAUUCUCUCGUAUCACAGUUCCAACAGAAACGCCGCUUCCAUAUUUCCUUCGAGAAUCUUGAAUUUAUCAAAACAUGGUGAGGGUUAGCGUUCUGAAUGAUGCCCUUAAGAGCAUGUACAAUGCUGAAAAGAGGGGGAAAAGACAGGUCAUGAUCAGGCCAUCUUCAAAAGUGAUCAUCAAGUUUCUUAUGGUUAUGCAAAAACACGGUUAUAUUGGUGAAUUUGAGUAUGUUGAUGACCAUAGAUCUGGUAAGAUUGUGGUUGAAUUGAAUGGACGUUUGAACAAAUGUGGGGUUAUCAGUCCUCGUUUUGAUGUUGGAGUGAAGGAAAUUGAGCCAUGGACUGCAAGACUUCUUCCUUCAAGACAAUUUGGUUACAUUGUGUUGACAACAUCUGCUGGAAUCAUGGACCAUGAAGAAGCUAGGAGGAAAAAUGUUGGUGGUAAAGUGCUUGGUUUCUUCUACUAGGGAUUUUAUUUCUUGGUAAUGGUUUGUUAUUAGGGUAGGGAGUGAAAGAAAUUAUAUUUAUGGGAUUUUGUUAUCAAUGGUUUUGAUUUGAUUCAAUCUGUCGUUAUUCAUGUUUUUUUUGCUUUUGAAUUCUACUAUAAUGUAUGGAUUUUGAUCAACUGCUUCAAAUGCUCUUUUGAUCUACACAAA